AUGGGCUGCGCUCCCAGCAUCCACGUCUCGCAGAGCGGCGUGAUUUACUGCCGGGACUCGGACGAGUCCAACUCCCCGCACCAGACCACCACCAUCUCGCAGGGCACCGCCGCCACCUUGCACGGCCUCUUCGUCAAGACCGACGCGGCCGACUCCAUCCCGUCGGUCCUCGCCUACCAGAGCCGGCAGCCGCCACCGCCGCCACCACCAAACUGCCCGGCCCACAGGCGCAGGAAGCCCGCCGGCCGAGAAGGCAGGAGCGGGGUGCACCACUGCUGUGGCGUCGAGGCGGAGACUCAGACCAGCCAGACCGACGUCAAGGUAAAGGAGGCGAGGGGCGGGUUGGUGCCAGCACCGCGCAGGACAGACUUGGGGGGCGAGAAGGUGGGAGACUCAGCUGGGGUGGGGGGCAUGAGGUGAAGAAAAGGGUGUGUGUGUGUGUGUCCCGUUGCCUUACCAGGGGUCAAGGCGACCGCUUGAAGGAACUACCCUAAGCAGGCUUGGACGAAUAUUGUCAUUUUUAAAAUCCACCCCAGUGUGGGGCCUAUGCACUGGAAGGCAUAAACUUUUGACUGGCAAAUCUUUUCCCCGUGGGACACCCUCAAUGGCUAUUAAUUUGAGGUGGCCACCCAAGGAGGGCCUUGGGCUAUGGGAGGUGUCCCACUGGGGUGUGAGUGUGUGUUUUUGAAACUUUAGUCUGUGCCAAGUUUACCACCUUAUUCCCUUUCUGACCGACUGUCUGACUGCUAAAGGGCAACUUGGGGUGGGUGACUUCCCCCCAAAAAGUGUCUUUUAGAUGGGUGUCUCUUUACUUGUUUCCCAGGAGAUGAGCAGCAAGAGCCACAAAGAGAGGAGGGGUAAGGAAAUGGCAGCAUCAAGUGCGCUCUGUGUUUUUGUCUCCUACAUGGUGCUGUUUUCACUGGCAGUGGCAAAAAGCCUCUCCUGCUCUGAACGGAAGAGAAGGGAGCAUGGUGCUGAAAAGCUGCAGCUUGUGCUGGGCAGAGAUGCUGCUGCAGAUGCACAUGGGAUGCAGCUGAAAGGAGCUGUUGCCAUGGUACCCCAGUGACUCACUCCUGCUACAGGUCCCUCCCAUUCUGGCCAAGUUCUGGUACAUGCACAUAGGUGACCACACUCACGUACAGUAUUGGCAGGCAGCUACAAUGUUGAAGCUCAGGGUCAAAGUUACAGCAGAUCCCGAAGGCUACUGUGCAUUUAGCUUUUGUCAGGCCAUUUGCCUCACUCAUGAAAAGUGUGCCUGCAUUUAUUCAAAUAUAGUAUUCUAAGAUGUGGCAGCAGAAAGAUGGGUUGAUGCAAAGAUGUAUCCCGAAAGGACAAAAGCAUGAAUUAAUUUAAAUGUGACAGUUUCCAGAGUGGUAGCCAUGUUAAUUUGUCUGCUGCAGUAAAAACAAGCCAUGGGACCUUAAAUGAUCAACAGAUUUAUUAUGCCAUAUUCAUGAACUACAACUGAUGGAGUGGACUAUAGGUUAUAAAUGCUUAUGCCAUAAUAAAUGUUAGUCUUUACGGUAAGAUGCUGCAAGACCUUGUAAUAUGAGUGGGAGAUGAAGGGUGUGGAAUACUGUGUGUCUAUCCACCCCGCCCCACAGCUUUUUAAUAUUCUGGAUAAACAAUGUAUAAAACUUAGACUGUUUCUGGGAACCUGACUGAUUUUUGUUUACAGUAAUGGGUGACUAGGCUGUUAGCAGCCAGAAGUAUUCUGAGUUCCUGGGACUGGGAGCCCAUAGAAUUUAGCAAGAUCAAACAUAUACACAGCCAGGGUGGUGUAAUGAUUGGGGCAUUCAACUUAUAAAAGGGAAACCAGAGACAUAUCCUUGUUUGCAGUGAAGUCCAGUAGGCAAACUUGGAGCUAGUUAUCAUCUCUCACCCCAAUGUACUACAUAGAAUUCUGUAGAUAAAAUUGGAUAAAUGCAUGUUACCCUGAACUCUUUGGAGGAAAGUUGGGAUACAAUGGUGAAGAAUAAAUAAGGCAGGAGCCAGUCACUAUGGGUAAGGGAUAUUGAGUUUCCAGCUACAGUAUCUCAGAUUCAUGAAAUCAAGGCUAACAUCAACAUUUAAAAACAGAUGUCAGAAUUAGGAAAAAAAAGGAUAGGAAAGAGGUAGAGACUAAUGGCCAGAGUGAAAGAUCAGCACCAACUAGACAGUGUCCUGGUUCACAUGCAAUGCCACAUUAAACCAUGAAUAUGCGUGAGUGAGCAAACAUGGGUUCCUGGACAAAAGAUCAUAGCUGCAGUCAAAACCUGGGGCUUAGUCAGACAUAAUACUAAGCCAAAUCAUGGCUUAGCUUUCAAUAGGGCAGCAGCAGCAGCACGACCAGAGGAGGUGUGCAGUCUCCAGGCACCUGCAUGUUUGCUCAUCCACACUAAGGACACAAACUGGGCCAGUGUGUAGAAGACGGUACUGAGGUCUGGAGGAAGGGCUAGAGAAACAGAAUGAGGCAAGGACCAGGAACAGGGCUGUAGGAUAGAUAAAGCUACAGUCAUUAGCUUAGGGUGGGGAAUUACAUACUGUUCAAACAGUGACACUGUUCAGCUUUCUCAGUGGAACCACAAUAUAGUCUGAAAUACCAUUCCUGGUACCUGUGAAUUAAGACCUCAGAAUUAACAGCAGUAUAACAGAUGGUAAACCUAUUGCACUGCAGGUGUUCCCAUCAUUCUGGACCAUUUCCAAUACUGGCUGGAAGACCAUUGCCAUUAACAUCUGGAAGAGCACGGGUCCUCACCCUGGCUGCAUACAGUCAGUCUAAGUCGAUUAUGCUUGGCAAAGAGCAAGUUAAAGAUCCGGCUAUGACAGCUAGAAAAGGGAUGGGGAAACUCAACUAGCCCAGAUGUUUUUGGACUCCAGCUCACAACAGCCCCAGCAAGCAUGGCCAAUAGUCAGGGAUGAUGGGAUAUUCCAACAACAUCUUGAAGUGCUGCAUAUUCCCCAACCCUGUUCUGGACUCAUGAAAAUAACACAUUCAUAAUGCCUUCAGAUUAAAUGGGACUAUUCCGUUAUCUGAUGUCCUAACAUACACACUUGGGUCUCUGUAUGUAUUUGGAGAGAUGGUGUUUCCUCUACUGUGUAGGUAAGUGAGUGCAAAGGGCUGUCCAGGUCUCCGGUCACACAGAGCAUGCUGGCAGGAAACCUUUGUAGUUGGGGAUGCAACUGGCCAGUGACUUAAUCUGGAUCACAUUUUGUAAAUAUGAAAACAGAUAGAUAUAAACAUAAACACAUGAAAAACUCAUGCUGUCAACUUGGCCUUGGCUGGACAUUGUAAUCUGCAUUUGUUGCUACCACUUUCUGCAAAUGUUUGAGGGAAGGACUUUGUAAAUUGCUUAAAGGUAAUGGGACCCCUGACAAUUAAGUCCAGUCGCGAACGACUCUGGGGUUGUGGCGCUCAUCUCGCUUUAAAGGCCGAGGGAGCCGACGUUUGUCCACAGUUUUUCCGGGUCAUGUGGCCAGCAUGACUAAGCUGCUUCUGGCGAAACCAGAGCAGCGCAUGGAAACGCCGUUUACCUUCCAACCGGAGUGGUACCUGUUUAUCUACUUGCACUUUGACGUGUUUUUGAACUGCUAAGUUGGCAGGAGCUUGGACCGAAUAACGGGAGCUCACCCCGUCACGGGGAUUUGAACCGCCAACCUUUUGAUUGGCAAGCCCAAGCGGCACAGUGGUUUAACCCACAGCACCACCCGCGUCUUAGCACCACAUUUAAAAGGAAUGGUAAAGAACAGGAAGAGUCUUCAGUGACACCAUUCUCCUCUUACCUCCAAUUCAUGUAGAGAGAAAAUGUGCCACUCUGCCAGCAAUUUCACUGGGUGGUUUAUCCUUUGGUGGGAUAGGCAGGCUUACAGCUGCAAUGCCAUCUGGCUCUCAUGCUGCAAGUAAAUCAUAACUACCUGGACAAAUAGUCCCAUUCGGGUACAAUCUUAUAAAUCACAGUGGUGUGUCAGCAACCUUAGCAGCAUAUAUACAUUAUGGUGAUUUGUUUUUCCUGUUCAGCUAAAGUUUAAUUACAGCCCCAUCUUUUAUAGUCAGGGCAGAUUAAAACAGGUAUGUUGAAUGGGUUUUGAACUCAGAAGUGAAAGUAAGUUCUUAAUUAUGCCAAUUUGCUUUGCAGAUAGCUUAGAAGGCUUUGUGUAGGAUUUCUAUAAAUAGGGGUGCUAGUUAAAUGAUGAGGUGCUGGCAGCAGUUAUCAUCAUUAUGAACCAGUUAUAUAACUCUAUUAUAACUUUUUUAGUAUUCUUGAGAAGUAGAAAGAUGUGUUCACCUCUCUCUUCUUUUAUAAUAAAGUCUGAAAAUUCACCAUGCAAUAUUAUAACAUAGGAAGAGCUAGAAGGAAUCAAUAACAACACCUAUUUGCCAUGCUGUGCUACAACAGGGGCAGCACAGAACUGAGAGAUUUCUGGAUUAAGAAGGCUACCUUAAAUGCUUCAUACUGCAUUUUGUAGUUUCCUGACACAAUGCAUACAAUACAAAAAAAAUUUUUAUAGGAAAUAGUAGCACAUAUAAAUACUACCAGUUACUGCAUCAGUCCAAUGAAAGUACUAUAGGAUUUCCAUAUGAAUGAAAACAAGUUGCGUUGUAAGGGCACAAACUAGCCAAUAAGCACUAUGAAAGUUUUAUUAUUAUUAUUAUUAUUAGGAAAUAUUUCUUGGCUUCCUGAAAACUGGCUCUGUGUGGUCCAAUUAUAAAAGGUCUUUAAAAACAAAUAGCACAUGGUCUAUGCUGCAGUGAGCUUUGAUAAAGCAAUUAAAAAUUAACAGGAAUAGAAAAGACAAAUAUUCUUUCAGCAGGAAUUCUACCCAGGCAAGUAUUUCAUCAAAGAGAAGGUAUAAAAUGAAUCAAGAAACAGAAUUAUACAACUGUAGAGUUGGAAGGGAUUCUUGAGCAUCAUCUAGUCCAACCCUUGAGAAAUGUGUUUUUCUCUUCCUGCUGGCUAAUUGUAUUCUACCCUUGCUUGUUCACACAACACAUAGGUAGUGGAUGCUGCUUGUGAUUGGCUGAACUCUUCAGAUGUUAGAAUAGAGCUGGGGUGAAGGCAGUGGGCUCAUGGUACCACUGGCAUUGGCUUGGGUCUUCUGCUGUCACAGUGAGAUAAGCAAUGCAGAGUAGCAGAAUAUCUUAGAAUUUUAAGACUAAGGACUUGUCCACAAUACUUUUUGUCCUAUGCCUAGAAAGCAUGGGUCCAGGUGGCUUUCUGCUUGACCUACGCUUUCUAGGCAUGGGUACGAGUGGUUUUGCCUUUGCCCCAACACUUUCCCUGCAGAAAACCCCACUAGCGCCAAGUCGGAACAAAUGUCAGUCUGUGGAAAAGCUGAUUGCCAUUUGUUCUGAUCCAGCAGUAAAGACUGGGCUUCCCUGGGAGAAAGUGGCGGGGCAAAUGGAGGUGUGGAUAAUCCCUAAGAUUAAUGUGUGACUUUUGUUAAAUUAACCAUAUAAAAUAGUACCUAUAGGCUGAUGGCUUUAGAAAGAUACAUUGAUAAUGCAAAUUGAUCAGGUGAACGUGGGCCAGUUGUACUCUCUUAGUCUCAUCUCGAGUGUUCUCGAAGCUACAAACAUGAGUCUGACCAAACUGUGGGAGGCAGUGGAAGACAGGAGUGCCUGGCGUGCUCUGGUCCAUGGGGUCAUGAAGAGUCAGACACGACUAAACGACUAAACAACAACAACAAGUCUCAUCUACUUUCAGAGUAGUUGUAAAUUUAAAGUAAAGCAACCCACAGUGUGGCUAGGGUGUUGGACUUUGACUUGAGAAACCACAGAUCAAUUUCCAAUUCAACUAUGAAGCCUACUGGAAAACAUUGGAGGCAGUCAUGGACUCCUAACCUGUGUCACCCUACCAGCUCAGAGAGUUGUUAUGAAGAUAAAUAUGUAUAAUUUGCCCUAUAAUAUAAACUGGUAGAUGAUACCAUAUGCUUUUGGGUUUGAUUGAUUUUUUAAAAAAUACAAAUAUAGCUCAAAGCAAUUAUUGGAAAGAAUGCAAUGCAAUGCAAAAAGAAAAAGGAACUUAUGAACACAUUUGGUGGGGUUGUUCCUAAAUUAAAUUUUAAGAUUAAGAUGAUGAGCAUGAUAAGGAAAAAUGUGAAAUUUGCUUUUUUGGUUUCCCCCCUUCAUUUUAUUUAGAUUCAUUCUCAGUUAUGGACAGUGAUCAGAUUUGGACUCUUGUGCAUUUAGAUUUGAUGAGUAAUUAUUAAUGGAUUAAAUCUCUCUCUCAGUGGAGAAAGUAGUUUUAAAAAAUAUAUAUAAUGGCCUCUUGUUUCAGCCAAGAAUUUUUGCCCAUUCCUAACCUAGAAAAAUAAAUCUCAAUCACAUGAGCACUUUUUCACUGUGAGAUGUCGAGACACUAUUAUGAUAAUGCACUUCUAGUAAGUUUUACCUCCUGUUUAAUAAUUAGCCCUUAAUGCAAGGCUCUGUGCUCUUUCUUCUGUCAUUUCAUGCCAGAUGUAGAAAAGGAGCACAUCAAUUCCAUUAAAGCUGUCUUACAGAUAUUAGCUUGCUAUUUUAGGGUUUUGCCUUAAAUUGCUAGCAAUUUAGUGUCAAUGUUCCUUGCCUGCUCUAAAUUCCUUUUCAUUUUAGACGGGGUUUUAAAAUGUGGGUGGGUGGGUUGAUGCAUCCUUGAGCAGAGGGGAGGAUGAGCACACCAUGGAAUAAAAAGAAAGAAAAAUUGGAGCAUAAAAUAUUCAUAAAAUAGUGGGGGAUAGGUACAGGGGCUUGCUUCUCUUUUGCACUUUUUAAAGAAGCAGAACUGGCUUAGUAAAAUCUCCAUGGCCUGGUUUGAUGUUAGUAAUGUGUAGAAGCUUAUUUUAUUUCACAAAAUUUAUGUGCCACUUUAUUGUAAUAAAACCUAUAAGUUGUUGGCAUCUGUCUGUCUUGGGACAUAAUGAAGGAGUGCGUCUUUGGGGGAGAGUUACAGUUGCAGAGUUACAGUGCCUGCUGUGUCUGUAGAGAUGGAUACAGGAGAGACAUGUUUUGUUGCGGCUGGGGCAGAUGAGGGUGUCCGGUUGUGCUGCUGCAGAUGCACCAUUUAUUUUCUCUGUGCUCCUCCCCUUGGUCAUUCCUCCUCUGGUGGAUACAUGAUCUGGCUAUUUGUCUCCAGGCACUGAGGUUGUCUGCAGAGGGUCCCCAGAUGGUGGGUGUUAAGUUGUGGGUGAACAUAUCAGAUGACACAGUGAUUCUUCAACAGCUCUUGUUUAUUCACGGGCCAGGACAGAACUUAACUGAAGGGUUUAGUCAGCCUGCUUAUAUAGAGCUCCAGUACAGCGUAACUGUAACAACUUUCUAAAACUAUCCAAUCACUGAAUGUCACUUUUCGAUCCCUUAUUUGCAUAACUAUCUACAGUAUCCCCCUGCUGGCCCAGGGUGAGAACUUCAGUACAUAACAGUGGGGUUGAUGUUUCCAGCCUUCAUGUCUUGUCAUAUUUUUGUAACGCUGAGUUGGUCUGCCAUUGGCCUGGUGCUUGAAGGCAGUUCCCCGUACAGCACAUCCUUGGGGAUCCUGCCAUUCCUCCAUUUUGUGGACAUGACAAAGCCAGCAUAGACAUCCCUGAGACAGGAGUGCAAACAUGCUGGAAAUGUAGGAUUGGGAAAGUACAUCUUUGUUUGAGACUCCAUCCUGCCAUGUGAUGCAAACCUAUAAAUGUUUUACCAAAACAACAACAACCCACCAUUACAUUUAUUAAGAAAAGGCAGUUGAAACAGGUAUUUAAAAACAUUCAAAAUAUAAUUGAAAUCAGCACUAAGUUAAAGAGUGAUUAAAACAUGUAUAUGGUAUCUGAAGAAGUGUGCAUGCACACAAAAGCUCAUACCAAUAAUAAACUUAGUUGGUCUCUAAGGUGCUACUGGAAGGAAUUUUUUUAUUUUGUUUCGACUACGGCAGACCAACACCUACCUGUAACUAGAAGAUGUAUAACGUUCUACAUAUCUGGAUAGGCUUGCCUAAACAAAAGUGCCAAAAAGAGUACAGCAAAAAGAGUAUUGCCUGAUGUCAAUAGGCAAGGAGUUGCAAAGUGUGGAUACCGCCACACGAAAAUAUCAAUUUCUUACAGGUGCAGAGUGAAUAUCAUGUGGUACCUGUAACAGUGCCAGUUCUGGUUCAGUGGGGACAUAUAAGGUCAGGCAAUCCUGCAAGUAACAAUUUGUCCAUAUAGGCUAGUAUUGCCUACUCUGACUGGCAGUGACUGUCAAGGCUCCUGGUCAUUUUAAGUGGAGAUAAGGAUUAGAUUAGAAGUUGCCCUAAUCGUUUUGUUGCUUCCCAUGCCAGUGUGAACUGCCAGGUGGUAAGAGGUAACACAGUCAUCUGUGCCUCCUUCGCACAUUGCUGAAGCAACAUGGGAGCCAGUCCAUUGAGCUGUCCUGGGACUUGUCACACAGCUGUGGCUACAAAUGAAACAGAGCUGAGUCACAGCAAAAGGUGCAGAGGCGCAUAAGGAACUGAAAGGUGCAGAGAAACGUCUGAAGGCUAGUGCCAGAAGGAAAGUCCAUUCCAGGCACACAUAGACUAGGCUCUUCCAGCCACUAAGUCAGCAGGGAUGGUGCUCCAGCACUGAUUAGAGCUCAUCUGAGCAUUUAAGUGCUGUCAAAGAAGGAAGGAGCACUAAUGCAAAGGGAAAUGACAUCAGAUGGGGAAAUGUAGGGAACCCAGCCCCUCCACUCCACAGAGCAAAACACACUUAACCACACAGCCACAAGAGCAGGCAGCAGGAAGGCCCCUGGUGUAAUCUUCCAGGGCCAAACCCAGAUAUGGCCUCCUUCCUUCCUCUUGCCCUAUGCAUAGGGAGAUUCCCAGCCAUAUAUUAUGAUGGAACGGUGUGAGUGAUCACAGCAAACCAAAGGCUUUAGGUGCUCAAACCAUGUCUACAGAUUUCAAAGAGAAAGGACUGGGAAGAACCAAACAGAGAAGUAAGGGAAGCUUUCAGAAUGACAAAACACAAGGACUGUAGCUCAAUGAUAGAGCACAUACAGUGGUACCUCGGGUUACAUACACUUCAGGUUACAGACUCCGCUAACCCAGAAAUAGUACCUUGGGUUAAGAACUUUGCUUCAGGAUGAGAACAGAAAUCGUGCUCCAGCGGCGCAGCAGCAGCAGGAGGCCCCAUUAGCUAAAGUGGAGCUUCAGGUUAAGAACAGCAAUAAGUCCCAGGCUGAAUCUUUGACACCUCCAACUAGUGCUGGGGGAGACCCCUGACGAGCUGCUGCCAGUUAGUGUAGGCAUUCCUUAGUCAGAAGGACCAUUCAUUUGACUUUGCAUAAGGCAGCUUUCUGUGUUCCACUCAGGAAGCAGCAGGUAAGUAAAGUCUGCCAUUGUGAGAAAAGCUUGGUGCAGUUUAUCUCACAGUAAUAUUAAUUUAAAAGGCUGGGCAAAAGUCAACAGAAAUUUCGCAGUGUGAUAAUUUUGUAUUAUUGCUGUGUGUCGUACAGCCCCAGCCCUUUGAAGUACUGUUCUAGUAAACUGUAGCGAUUGUAAAUACUUUGCUGGGUACUGUGGACAGUAUCAGUGAAGUGCACCUAAUUCCCACGGAAAUUAGCUGUAUUUUUAUGAGUUUGGGGUGGUAAACUGGGUGCCAGAACUCCUCUAAUCCCUGGAUCCAGCAAGUGUUAGAAUGUAAUCAAGGCUUCUAAUUCUUGGAAAAGCCAAGCUAGCCUCCUGGUGAGGUGAUAGCUUGGGUGAUGAGCCAUUAAAGGGGAUUAAGGUGCUGGAUGCAAGGCAGCAAAUGGGCAGGCCCCUCUUCCUCAGGAGAUAAAGCCAGAGUUUGGAGCAGAGGUAGUGGUGAUGGGACCUAGGAAGGAAAGCAGCAAGUUGGAGAAAGAGAGGGAGAGCAACGUUUGGUUUUUGUUCGAUCCAAGGCUGUGGCUAUGGGAGAAGCAAGACCCUUUUGGAGUGUUAAUGCUGUGAACCCCUUCAUAGUAGGCUCAGGUUGUAUUUAUGUGUAAAUGAACCAUAUUUCAUAAAGACACCACAGUCUCCGCUGUGCCUCUUUCCCAAAAGGAAACACGAACCCUGGGUAAUCGCCUGGAAUCUCGCAGUGCUCUGUGAUUGGGGUGGGGUGCAACAGUAUUGUGCUUUUUCUGUAACUCACUUUGAGAGCCAGAGUUGAGCUAAUUAAGGAGGGUAUCAUUAAUAUUAGAAUAAAUAAAGAAUGUAACUUGCAUCUGGAUUCCACUCAGAGAGCAGAGCUGAAGGCAGAUUAGAUGUCAGAUUAUGAGUCAAAUAUUGAGUAUUCAUACUAGAUUUGCUUGAGAGCUGUUUCAGGAAGGAUAUAUUAUGCUAGGAGUAUGAAGCACUUUACUUCCCCCUUUGGAAACUGAAGUAGGGGGCAUCUCUGAAUCUGAGCAAAAGCUGGAGAAGUUUGACUCUCACAGAUACCCACAUUCAUAACUUUCACAAACAUUUUUAAUAUUAACUUCCAUUCAAUGAAGGUGAAUGUAACCAUCAUUUUCACAACCAUCAUCCACUAUGUAGGCCAACUUGAACCACAUUGCAGUAGUGGCUCAGGUAUGCAUACUAAAAAUAAUGAACUACUGGUAUAUAGACACAGGUGCAGUCCACCGAAAGCUACCAGAUUAAAUUCAUUUUCCAAAGGAGAUCCUAUGAAGGUAAGAAAUUGCUAUUUGCUUAUUUGCCCUAUGUCCAGAGCAGAAAUCAAACCAGAGAAUACAAUCAGUAUUUGCUGCUGCUGCUGCGGCUGUUGUUGUUUUCAGUCUACCAAUGAUAUGUUGUUGAUUACUUUCCCACCUAUUUGUAUUGUGUUUUCUUUGCACUGAAAUGAAUUAUCUUUGCAUUGAAAUGAAUAGUGUCGAUAAUGUACUUAAUUACAUAAUUAUGUAAAAUUCCACCACAGUGGACAGUGAGAGAAAUAGUGUGGUUUUUAUUGGACACCAAACUGCAUCGGAAGAUAAACAUGUCGGAAAUCAAGCCUUUAUCGGGAGAAACUGGCAACUCUCCCAGGCACCCGGCUUGGUCUCCUGUUGACCUCCCUGGCUGCAUUCCCCAGCAAGCACAGGCUAGGUCUUGAUAGGCGAUUCUUCCCAAACGUGGGAAGAACACACCCCCUCCCUCCUGCUCCCCCGGCAGGGAAAGGAGAUAGACAGAAAUGUAUUUACAUGCCUUUAUUUCUGUCUUUGCAGCAUUACAGAAAACAUGUCUGUACUCUUCAAACUCCAGCAGUCAAGUGACAAAGACUUCCUGUACUUCCUGUACAUACGCAAGAGGAAGAGCUCAUAUUACACUCUGAGCUAAUUCCGGUGCAUUGCCCUGUGAACCGACUGUUUCCCAUGGACAGUCCCAACAUUCCCAUCAUGUUUUGUUUUCAAGCUAGCAGUUUGCAGCUGCAUUGCAUCCAUAUUGUAACAAAACAGUGGUGUAUGGGUAGAACAUGGGUUGGAACAGAAAUAUAUCCCAGCUUGGAAUUUAUAUACAUUAUACACAACUCAAUCUUAUGCAUUUUUCUUCGGAAAUAAGUCUCACUGAUGUCAGUUGGACUUACUCCUUACUUACAGGACAAUGCUAGUCUGCCAUGUGGCUAUGUCACUCAUAUUUAAAUAUUAAUUCAUUCUAAAAGGCAUUUCGGGUCAUAAUGAAACUACUGCAGAUUGGAAAUUUAGGCUUUUCAAGAAGGCGCAGCUUGCUAGGGCAUUAAAAGUUAGUCAUUUGUUGGGAUCAUAUGCCUCUGUAGCCUUGUUGGGGACUGGUUUACAGUCCUUUGCUGUGAACUUUGAGCUUGAAUUCCUGCUCCGCCACUGUAAUAAGCAUUAGAGUCUGCACAUGGAUGCUGUGGGAUAAAUGUGCAGAAUCCCAAGGGUCAUUCUGGUACCUUGCCACAUACAUAACCUGGUCACCCAGGCCACGUGUGAACCAAGCCCUCGUGUAAAACUUGUCAUGUUAAUGUUUGUUUUGUAUUAAUUAUAUUCCCUUUUUUAUUUUUGUGUAAUAUAUUCAGAUAAAUGCUGUUAACAUGGUCUGACACUGGGGCAGAAAUCUUAAACACUGUUUUCAUUUAGCAGGCUUCAGCAACCGAGACAGAAAUUGGGCCCAUGAGGCUGACACAGGAUCCUAUUCAGGUAGGACAUUUUUUCAUUUUAGUAAUAACUAUUAAAUUCCGUAUUAAGGUUCAACUAACUGCUACAAUCCUUCAGCUCAGGAAAAUACACAGGUUAAACCAUACACUUUCUGUAUAUGUAAAAAAAGACCUGUACAUUUUAAACUUUAUUCUUAGGAUGACUGCGGAGGUAAUAGAUCAUUUGAAACCAGUUACAAAGAUUCAGUAAAUUGUGUGAUAUUCAAAUUCUGAACCAGCUUGCCUUACUUGAGAAUUAUAAAUAAAAAAGUAAUAUCUGAUGGUAUCAUUUUCUGGGAAUAUUGAGUGGUAUCCAAUGAGGUUCUGCUAGUGCAAUGAUGCCUCUGUGCCCUCUCCAAAUCUGCUCUGCAUGGAUUGGAUGUUAUCCCCAGAACAGACUUAUGGAGCGUGCAAGGAGAGGAGAAGGGAGUUCUGUGGCACAGAUUUUGUGGACACUGAACUACUUUAGUAGAUACCACCUCCGGCAUUAGCAUUAAAACAACUGCAAAGUUGUACUUUCCAUCUUCAGUUCUUAGUCUCCAGCAUCAUCCCAGAGUCAGGCUCUCUCUCAAAAUGUGGAAGUUGUACUUCUGGCUGUCAGGACAAGUAGCCAAAGCAUCCUUUUCAUUAUAGGCCAUAAUAUUCUGCAGCAACACAUUUCACUGGGUAUAGAAAAGUACUUAAAACCUCUGGCUUUCAAUUUUAAUGGUGAGUGCUGAAGUUUUGUAUUCUGAGAGAAGGAAUUAACUUUUUUACUUGCUUGCCAUCUCUCAAGCAGAGCUGCCAGAUUUCUGUUUUAAUUAAUCUCCCUGAGAGUCAAUCCGCAUAGUCAGGGCACGGAGUGGGAGAGUCUGUCUGGGACAAUUUAGUUUCGGAAUACAGGUGGCAAGUGGCAUGUUUGGAUAUCUCCCCGACCCCGGGGAUAAGAAGGCUAGAGCAGGUUUUGGCCCUGAAGCCUGAGCAUUUGGUACCAAGACAUUGAAUCGCACAUGGUUCUAAUGCUUUCUAGAGGAAUUCUUUAGUUCCACAGAUUCAAGAGCUAUUUACUAGGUGUGACUGGUCUGUACAGAAAGAACCAGUUAUAGCAAAGUUUAAAAAAGAUAGAACUUUUCUGCCUACUUAAGUUUCACGUGCCAUACUGGCUUGUCUUAGAACUUUUUGAAGUACAUUAAUAGUCUACAGCCACAAGCACUCAGCUUUCUUAACAGAUUAGUCAUACACUGACGUUUGUGGUGGUGCAACCGUCGUAUUAAUCAUCAUCUCACUUAUUGUUGGGAAGUCAGCACUUCAGAUAGCUUUAGAUAACACAAAAUCAAGGUCACCUUGCCAACCUGCAGAUUAAAUGCAUUGACUUUCAUAUGGUGACGCCAUGGCAAAGCACAGUCGUCAGAAACCAGCUAAAGAGAACAAAACUUUCUUUCCUAUACACCUAUACACAGGGUGUCCCAAGGAUACUAACAGGACAAUCUAUUCAUAUGAAAUAAACUGAACUUUGAAACUCUGUACAUUUUAUGCUAAAAGAGUUCUAGCUGGGUACUUUGAACAGUUCUUGUCAAUUUUUUAUAAACAGCGAAUCUUUUCUUUCUUGUAUUAUAUUUAUUCUAAAGCAAACAUGCUGCAUGACCCACUAGAUCUGCCACUGUUGGAGCAGCAGUGCCAGCAUUGGCACUCGUUUCAGGCACAGAUCUUGUGGAUUUCAAGUGAGAUCUUAUGCAAUUUUGGUCAGAUGUUGUCUAAAAUUAGUGCCAAUGGUGGAGGCAGGGGGGGGAUAUCCACAGGAACACCACAUCAGGGGCUCCCACUACCUGAGAUGAUGGUCUAACCCCACCUAAUGGCUGUACCGGCCCUGGUGAUUGCUGUGAUUUAAUAAUUUGUGUAUAUUUCAAAACAGAGCAGUUCAAUUUCCUAUGCUGCUGGCUAUAUAAAUUUGAAAACGACUAGUAAAUGUCACAAAGAUGACAACAUAUUUCCUUCUUAAAGUGCUCUCGUGAAAAAUCAUGAAUUAUUUACAGUGUUGCUUUCUCACUCAGCACAUUAGAAAGCAGUUCUCAUCUUGUCACUGCCUUGGGAUUGGCAGAUUUACCACAGAGACACUACAGAAAUGUACUACAGAAAAUUUGAGCUCACAUAAUUCUUUAAAGAUGCAUGAGUGACAACCCUUGGAAGCAGAAAAUCCACAAAAGUAUCUAUAAUAUGGCCAUUUGGGCACUGUAUGUACAGUCCUGAAUGGGAGAUGUGGUGACAUGAUAUGGAGUAUUACCUCCUAGAAUGAUGAGGACAUUAUUAAAAGUAGAAUGGGAGAGGUUAGGGUGAAGCCCAGGUCUUCCCCGCCAUAUACUUUAUCAGCCCCUGACUCAUUCCCUUUGUCUCUUGAGUAGUGUUUGUCAAUUCUGAAUUGAACGAAACUGUAGCUACCAUGGAUGAAUAUAUUGCCCAGCCAAUUUCUGAGUUGAACAUUGAAGGUGUUAAAUACUUCUAGUAAAGAAAGCCAUUCCAUACGAUCAAAGGCCUUGGCUGCAUUCCAGAAUAGUAACUGUGGGAAACUUCAAAAUGUUUGCAUGGUCUCUAUAAGAUGAGCAGCAGUCUUAGCAUUACUAACCAUGCUUCUUAGUUUGCUUAGAAAAUAAUUUCCCCAUUAUAUUAAGACUUUUUGCUAAUAUUGAAGGCAGGAUUUUAUAAUCAGAGUUCAGUUUUAAUACAAGACAACAUGAUAUGUUUCCAUACCUAGUUGUGAAUUACUUAGACUUGUAUUGUGGGUCUGAUUUCUUGCACUUUCAUUACUAAUAGGCCAGUUAGUCAGCUCUAUGAGUCUCUUCCCAAAUUUAGGAAAUAUCGCUUCUGAUUUUAGUUACUAUUCUCAUCAUUUAACAGUGUUUUACAUUGGCUUUUAUGGCAAGCACACCCAUAAAUUUCAUCAUUCAAAAGUGUGUGUUUUAAAUGCUGCCAACUUUUGGAAAGUGAGUGGGAGCAGUGUUGCAGUAAUUUUAAAAACAAAUAGUGCAAUUUUAACCGCAAACAUUAUUAGGUUUAAAUCCACAGUAUAGGAAGGUGCUUUAAGUGUGACGACAGUAGCUUGCCUUCUAUAUUUUAUAGGUGUUGCUGAUCUUUGUGAAAGAAGACAAACAGAGUGAUGGAUUUUGGUGGGCUUGUGACAGAGCUGGAUACAGAUGUAACAUAGCUCGGACGCCCGAGUCAGCGCUUGAAUGCUUUCUUGAUAAACACCAUGAAAUAAUUGUCAUAGAUCAUAGAAACUCCAGAUACUUUGAUGCUGAAGCCAUCUGUAGGUAAUUAAUUGCCCUUGUUUUUCAUAUGAAACUUGGAGUGUGAGUUAACUGUUCCACAAUAGUACUAUGGUGGUAUACAAUAGUACUUUAUUUAGUGUUGCUGUACAUCCAGAAUUUCCUGGACAUAGCCGGGAUUUGGCCGUCAGAAACAGUGUCCAGGUGGAAAUCUCUGAAAUGUCAGCAAAAAUCCAGGUGUAUGGCAACCCAUUUUGGCAGUGUCGUUUUUUGUGAUUUCUCUUUAAAAAUAGUUCAAAACUUUUUUGAGAUUUUGCACACCCACUAAAAGCUCAAACUUUGGGCAAUACUAAAAGAAACACUCAACAACUUUUUUGUCUGCAUUUUCACCUUUUGAAAUAUGGGAACUCUAUUUCUAAGGCAAAUCAGUGCCUGGACCGUGCCACUUCAGGAUGCAUAGUAGGAGAGAUCACAGAGCAUAGUUAAAACUAUUUGCUUCCAUAAGAUGUGGUGAUAGCCACCAAUUUGGACUGUUUCUGGAGAAGACUGCCAAUGGCCAUUAGCUAAGACAGCAAUGUGUUUCCUCCGGAAUCAAAGGCAGUAUGUGUCUGAAUAGCAGUUACUGAAGAUCACACGUGUGCUAUGGAGGACUUAGCCAGAUUUUAGGCUUAUAUAAGGAUUUGGUUGACAACUAUGCAUGCCAGACUAGAAAGGCCUUGAAAAUGCACUAUAAAGGACUUGAUGAGCACAUAUAUGCUAUUGUUCUUAUGAUUAUUCUAUGAUUCCAUAGAAAAGCCGAACUCCUGCAUUACAGAAAGUUGAAUGUCAAAGAGAAUAGGAACAUAGGAAGCUGCCUGAUAUUGAACAGACUGUUGGUCCAUUUAGCUCUGUGUUGCCUGCACUGACUGGCAGCAUCUCACCAAUGUUUCAACAGACAAUAUCUAUCUAUAUCUAUCUAUCUAUCUAUCUAUCUAUCUAUCUAUCUAUAUAUAGAUGAUUUUUUUUGUAUGGAGGAGCAUUCAAUUAGGUGACCCCUACCUGCAGUCUGAUGUGACAUACAUUGAGGUUUACCACCUCAACAUCAAACUAGACCCUCAACACCAGGAAUAAAAGGCAUACAUGUGAGGUUGAAUACAGCAAGAUAGUUCUCUGCAAAUCAAGCCAAAAGCAGUACCGUAUUUUGUUUUCACUUCUGAAAAUAAAAAGGUUGUAGGCAACUAAACUCAGAGCUGACUUAGUAACCUUGUGCUUGAGCUAAUUUAAGAUUGUGUGGGUGUUGCAGAGCCCUGGUUGCAUGGUGGAACAAUCAAAUGACCUCCUCUAAAAGUCCACCAAUAGAAUCAUAGAGCUUUAGAGUUGGAAGGGACCCUGAGGAUCAUCUAGUCCAACCCCCUGCAAUUCAGUAAUAUGUAGCUAUCCCAUAUGGGAAUUGAACCUGCAACCUUGGUGUUAACGACACCAUGCUCUAACCAACUAAGCUAUCUUACCCAGGUCUGAGAAAUAUGUAAAGAUCGGGUAUAUGUUGAAAGAUGAAUGAAACUGAUAGUUUCUUUCUUUAUUUCAGCUUCUAAAAGUUGCAGAUUACACCCCCCACCCCCCACACACACCCAGAGAAACACACAUGUAGCUACAGCUUUUUAAAUUAUUUCCUCUGAAGAUGUUCUUGCUGCUGAAGAAACAAAACACCGUUUUGCUUAUAAAAUAGAUUAUCUCUUCAGUAAUAUUAACUGCUUCAGAGGAAACAAAUUUAACUUUGGUUUUGUGUGCAAUUUGCCUGCAUAAGUAGAAUCCACUCAUAGGUUGAAAUAUGGUGUUUGGUGUAUUAAUUUUUGUUGUUAAAGAUGGUUUCAAUGAUUAUGACAUUGACUUUCCUAAUUUCAGGUCAAUCCGUGCUACAAAGCCUGCUGAACACACUGUAAUAUUAGCUGUUGUUCCACAAAUGUAAGUAUUUUUUGGCAAGAAUGUUUUCCAAAUGACACUUUUUUUAAUGGGUAAGGUUAACUAAUGAACAAAAUAUCUUAGCAGUGGUUGGACUUCACAUCCAUAAAUAUGCGAGUGAUAGGUAUUUUAAUUGACUCUUUACUCAGAGAAGGACAAUACAAGUCUCUCAUUAAAACCUUAGAUCAAACUAUUUAUUCAGACAAGAAUGUCUAUUCACUUCAGAAUAUGGUUUGGCACAUUAUUGAAAAUUCAUAGAUUUCCCAAAACUCCUGCACUUAGGAUAUGGUGCUGUUGCCAUUGAAAAAGGACCCCCCCCCCCGCUGCUGCCGCCGCCGCCGCCACCACCACCACCACCAUUAAAUUUAUACACUGCUUGAUUGUACAAAAACCUCAAAGGGGGUUACAAAAAAACAAUAAAAUUAUAAAUAAUACAUACAGAAAGUCAUCAGCUGCCUCCAUGGGAAUUCCUAUCACAAAUCUGCAAGAGCAGAAUAUGGUGUUCUGAGGUUCCUUCAGGAUUUAAUACUUGCAGGAUUUUUGUUCUCAGGCCAAAAUGCAAUUAAAGCACAUUGUGACCGAUAGCACACCAAAGCUAUUUGCCUUGUGGGGGUAUGAUGAUGAGUUUAGCUACUCAGCCAACAUACAUUGUGCAGUCUAGAUUUCUGACUCGUACCAAGCUCAUGUUGGCAUAACAUAACAAAUAAGGAAAGGCAAUAUCUGCAAAACUGAUAUUAAGAGGAAAACUGAAUGUGCUAGAGUAAAUAUAUAUUUUGUGCUUUAUGACUUCUAUAUGUAUGAAUAUUAUUGCACUAAUUCCCAAAUGGGUAGCUAUGGUAAUCUGUGUUGCAGCAAAAACAACAGGCACUUUAAAGAUUAACAAAUUGAUUGUGGCAUAAGCUUACACAUACAUAAAUACACAUACUUGAGGGAAUUAUCAGAAUUUUUCAGAUCUCUUGGCUGACAACAUUUUCUACAAUUCUGUAGGUCUGGUAACCAAGAAGAAACGUCGGUCCUACCCCUUCUCCAUGCAGGUUUUAACAGGGUAUGUAGAAGUUAUUUUCACUUUCUUUAAGUGAUAACUAAUUUUUCAGUCUCCAGUUAUUUUUUCUCAAAGAUUUGAUGCAGAUGUUGUCAGACACCUGUUCAUCAGCCACCCUGAGUGAUGGUGCAUACGCAUCAGAAUGAUGAGGUAGAAAUUCUCAUAAAAAUUGAAAAUACAGGAUCUCUAAGGGUUUCUUAGUAAGCACCUUAGUAAGCACCUGCGACUGCCUGGUCCUCUGCGGUCAGCACUGAGCAGAAGAGGACUGGAAAGCUGGCUGCUGCUUUCUUUGCCUUUAAGAUCCUUAUGUAAACACAAAAUGAGUCUGGGUGUAAGGUCAGACUCCACAAGCAACCACCUGAACUUCCCAAUAAAGACCUGGUUACACUGGAGAACUGCAUUUUUAGAUGAUUUUUUUAAAAAAACAAAGAGGGACCAACUGUUUGGUGUGUGUUGGUGUGUUCCCUCCCUUUAUUUAUUUAUUUAUUUAUUUACAUUUCAAAUUAUAUAGAUAAGACACAUAAACUUUGAAUGUUCAAAUACUGUAAAUAAAACAAGUCAUGUAUUCUUCACCUUUAACAUUGCAGUUGUAUAUCCACAUUUUACCAACUACUGUUACACCUUUCCCUUUCCCCGUGUAACCUUGUGACUCCCCCCCCACAUGGCUUCUUUAGUUCUAUUUACUAAUAGUACUAUUGUGUUUAUACUUACUAUCUAAUGUAUUCAAAAUUCCAUCUUCAACAUCAUAAUUCUUGUCUUUGUGAGCUCAGUCUAAGCAUAGUGUGUGUUUCUUUGGUGCAGCCGCAACGAAAGAUUGAAAAGUUCUACUUUUAAACUAAUCAGACUUCUGUGUUAUUUCUGAAUUCUGGUUAGUUCAAGCUAUUGUCAUUUCAGAGACGCCAGGAUCAGAAAUGACUUAUGGUGCUGAUUUGUUCAGACCCAGCAGUGUGGGGGGCAUCCCCUUUUCUGAUCUUUUUGCCACCUCCUUUUUUCUUCCUCCCCGCUUUCAUGACAUCCACAUGAAAUUAAGCCAAGGGUCACAUGGAAUUAGACUUGACUCCUGCUUUUAAGCUAACCAGGGUUAUCCAAGUUCACACAUAAUGAGGACCCUGGUUAGUUUAUUAAACAAUAAACUGGUUAGUUUAUUGAACUACAACUCCCAUCAUCCCUGACCACUGGUCAUGCUGGUUAGGAAUGAUGGGAGUUGUAGUCCAACAACAUCUGGGGACCCAAGGUUGAGAAAGGCUGGUUAAAAGCAGAUGUAGACACUUCCUAUGUCCUCAUGACCACGUCAAAGGAGGGGUGUGUGUGUGUGUGUGUGUGUGUGUGUGAGUGUGAAGACCUGAGUAUGAUGCAGGUUCUUGCACGUGAUGCUAAACCCAAAGUUCAGCAUUUGUUUCUGAAUUAUUUCAAUGGAUAUGAGCUUAAUGCUCUGAUGAUGCAAUUUAGCACUGAGUCACAAAAAUGGCAUGCUCAUUUGCAGGCUGAAUUGAUCUGCGUUAUAGCUGGCCACCUCACGAAUCUGGUGACAUUAGCAUGCAUCCAGGUGGAAAAUGAUCAGACAUCACCAACCCACAUUUGUAAGCUGUGUCAUGGUGCUGUAAAUGCAGCUUGGUUUUAAGAUGGGCUCAUUUUGAACCCGCCACUGAUCCAUCAGCUCCCUUAUGGACAGAUCAGUUUGGUCUUGUGAAUCAGCACGAAUGACCCAGUCUAAAAAUCUCUCGGUAUGAAUUCUGUUGUCUUUCUUAUCUUUCUCGCUCUCAUGUAUUUGCUGCAAUAAUUACAACCAACUUGUUCAGACAGGAUCCCAUUGAAUAUCUCCAUGCCAUCUUUAGGUUGUGUAUUAUAGCUCAUUCUUGUUGCCCUUGUUCUCAAGUGACAGAAAAAGGAUUAACAUACCAAAGAAUAGGCUUUAAAAUAAUACUGAGUGGGUGGACAGACACUUUCUAUGCUUCACUGGUUGCCUUCUGGGCUGCCGUUUGUUCACAGGAAAAGCAGCCAGAGGCUGAGCCUCUGAUUCAAAGCACAGUCACCUGGAAGCAACUUCAUUAGUAUUGAUGAGGCCAAGGGAGCAAUCCUAACUCCCAGUGGGGGAGCAGUGGGGUUGAAAGGAGCAUCAGAGCCACCACCACAUCCAAGGCUACACAACUUACACUAAGGAACAAUUUUUUGUUGAGCCAACUGCAAGCUGGUACAGCAAAGAGGCCAGCUCUCAUCCCUCUCUGGCAGCUAUAAUGGUUUAGGAUCCAGUAGAUCCAGUUUCAGGCCCUACAGCAGGUACUACUAGUGCGAACUUCACUGACAGAACUGUUAUGUACUGAAGUUCUCACCCUGGGCCAGCAGGGGGAUACUGUAGAUAGUUUUCACUCAGGUCCACAAAUGCAAAUAAGGGAUUGAAAGUGACGUUCAGUGAUUGGAUAGUUACAGAAAGUGGUUACUGUUGCGUUGUAGUGGAGCUCUAUAUAAGCAGGCUGGCUGAACCCUUCAGUUCAGUUCUGUUCUGGCCUGUGAAUAAACAAGAGCUGUUUGAAGAAUUGCUGUGUCGUCUGAUAUGUUCACCCAUAACUUAACAAGUACCCUGUCCACAGUCCACACCAGGGGCAGUGAACUCUGCAUCUUCACCAGCAGAGUUGGGCAGAAGGAAAUCUCUGCUAUAUCCUAACUCCCUCCAGCAGUAUGGAUCAGGGGUUAGGAUUGCUGUAGCCAUUUCAGAGGUUUAGGGUUUGUGUGUACAAUAAGAAUAAAUGUAUAUUAUUCAUAGUAGCCUGCUUUUUUCAUUAGGACUUCAAAGUAACUGGUCAAAGAAUAAGGAAAAUGUAAACAAACAUUAUAGGGAACUACAGCAUAUUAGAUGCUGCCGUUUGUUCUUCAAGUUCCCCCCUCCCAACCCUGCCAUUCCUCAUCUCAGUAGAAAACUGUUUGUCAGAUUAUACUUUUGCUGCUUGUUGCAUUUGCCAGACCUGCUUUUUCAUAUAUGUAGCCUAAAUUACCUGAGAGGGACUUAAUCUAUAACAGGAACAGCCAAUGUGAAGCCUUCCAGAUAUUCUAGGACUCCAAUUCCCAUCAGCCCCAGCAGGGGUGGAGGAAGUGGGAUGCGGUGGGGCCAGCUGCCCCAGGUGUCAACACUGAGGGGAGUGACAAAAUGCCGGGCGGCACUCACCGCGGGGCCUACAGCACGCCUGAGCCACGCGUCUCUCCUGGGAGUGAUGCGGUAGCUUGGGUGUCCGCAGGCUCUGCGCUGCCCCAAAUGGUCCGCCCGCCGCCUCCCCUCAGCUGUAGGGUGGCAGGCAGACCAUUUGGGGCAGUGCAGGGCUUCAGCUGUAGGGCGGCUGAGUGGGAGGAGGCAGGCAGACUCAUUGGAGGCCCCGGGGAACAUCCUGCCCCGGCUGGCCCCACCCCGCAGGUGACUGGCCCCGCCCCUGUGCGCAGGGCACGUGCGCUGCCCCAGGCGCCCGAUUGGCUUGCUCCAGUGCUGACCCCCAGCCAGCAUCAACAAUCGUCAGAGAUGGUGGAACUUGUAGUACAACACCUGGAAGGCAACACAUUGGCUACCUCUGCUCUGUACCAUUCUGUGCUAUUAAAAUGACAUAAUUUUUAUCUGACAGUCAACUUCUCAAAGGUCCAUUUCAUCUCUAGUCCUUCCACUCAGGGAUUUACUUACCCUGCUAUACAGUUCAGUUGUAGUUGCAAAAGCCACAUCCAUUCUGUUCUCCUGUCUGUUGGUGCCACUUUAAUUUACAUAUGCAUGACAUUUUAGGGGUUCAGUAUGCAUAAUAUGUAGUGCCUGCAGUCUCUGCAGUUUGCAGAAGUUUUGCCCAGGCUGGUUCCCCCUCAUCCACCAGCCCGCAUUGCUCACAAAAGCAAGAUUAGGAUUAAGGCAGGCUGUGCUUGCACAAUUCAUUUUCCCCCCUUUGUCCCCGAAAGCUUCCCCAAAGCAUAUAGGGCCACCUAAACAAUGUGUCUGUCUUGCAGAGGCUAUAGUAGGAGAGGGGAAUUGCCCAAACUCAGUAAGUGGAACCCUGUUGGAUUCAACCCAAUAAAAACUUACCGUAUUUUUCGCCCCAUAGGACGCACUUUUUCCCCUCCAAAAAUGAAGGGGAAAUGUGUGUGCGUCCUAUGGGGCGAAUACAGGCUUUUGCUGAAGCUUGGAGAGUGAGAGGGGUCGGUGCGCACCGAUGCCUCUAGCUCUCCAGGCUUCAGGAAGCUAUCCGCAAGCCUUGCAAGCCCGGCGGGAGUUCCCGCGGGCUCACAAGGCUUGCGGGCAGCAGCCUGCCGCCCGAAGCAUGGGGAGCCCUCCGGAGGGCUACCCGUGCUUCGGGCAGAUGUCCGCAAGCCUUGCGCGCCCGGCGGGAGGUCCCGCCGGGCGUGCGAGGCUUGGGGCGGCAGCCUGCAGCCCGAAACACGGGGCACCCUCCGAAGGGCGCCCCGUGCUUCAGGCAGGUGUGCGCAAGGCUUGGGGCUGCAGCCGCGGCUGGGGGGGGAAAUAAUUUUUUUUAUUCAUUUCCCCCCCCCCCCCAAAAAACAAGGUGCAUCCUAUGGGCCGGUGCGCCCUAUAGGACGAAAAAUACAGUAAUUCAGAACAUGGAAAACAUUAAGAUAAGCAUCCAGAAGCAAAAACCACACUGUAAUUUACAAUUUGCACAAUUUGCAAUUUACAAGCCACAAACCAAUGCUCCCCUUCUUUUCCUUCCUAGGGAGAAGGUAAAAAUCUAAACUACGGGCAUUUGCACAUAUCAGGCUUAAAUUGCCUUUUAGAAAUUAUUUAUGUUGACAUCUGAUUCAUGUGAAAGAGAAGGCCAAAGAGAUUCAAUUGUAAUAUGGAUGUUAUUUGGCCAGGGCAGAUUUUGUAUUAAUAAAAGCAAAGCCUGCUUUAAGACUCAUUAAUGAAUCCCCUACUGGGUCAACACUUGUUAUUUUAGAAAAGUGGGGACAGGAUAUUAUGGGUCAUGUUUCCCUUAUGCAAGAAACUGUAGCAUCACACCAGCAACCAAUACAUUAAAAUUUGUGAAAGUUAUUUUGCGCCUACAAUGGUGAUGGUGACAUUGCUACUUUUUCAGUGGGGAGGGGAAGUGGAGACUUGUGUGGCAUACUCUUACUGCUAUAAUUCUUUCAGCAAAAGCCUUUGAAGUUUCUUCAAAGGUUUGUUUGCUGGCCAUAGAAACGUUUGUUCAUUUAUAGGGCAAGUAACAUCAGAAAGUACCAUCUGCUGAGAUAGCCAUCAAAGUCUCCAUGUGCUCUUAAAAAAGCCCAGCCCCCCCCCCCCCCAGGAUCUUCAGUUAACAACCAGUCUUCCAAUGCAAUACAGCUACCAGUUUCACUGGCAAAAAUCUAUAAUCGUCAGUGGGAACAGAAAUAAGACACCAAAUGUUGUGGCUCCUGUAUGGCGCAAAUUAUUUUUCUCCUCCUGUUUUUACUCAGCAUUGCCAGUGACCUUUCAAGCACCUUAACCUUGAGCAGUUGCUGUACCCCAAUACCUGCGUUACUAGGGAUAGGGUAAAAUGUUAGCGCCUCCCCCACCCUUCUAUCUUUUAAAUCGCAUCUCUUAUGACUUCGUGAUUCUUAUGAUUUCAUGACUGAAUGCUUCAUCAUGCUGGACAAUUUUAGGGUGAAUACACAUUCUCUUUUGUGGGGUAGGAUUCAUGCUUUCAGCGCUAAAUGGCCAUACCUCUUUUCUCCAGUUCUGUGAUUGCCUCCUUCAGGCAUGAAAAAAAAUCCAUUCUCCAUAUCACAAUGCAAUAUGCUUGCAAAAAGCUCGUCGAAACUGUGUAAGGGGCUGGGAAAAGAGACUCAUUGAGACAUUAUUUAUGCCCACUGGUGUGGACAGAACAUAGUAGGAUGCAGACAUUAAAAAGUGCAAUACUACCAGUAAAAGAGAAUAGCAAUUUCACUUUUGGCUCAUUCUGUGUGGAACUGAUGGGAGUCGCAGUUCAACAACACCCGGAAGGCACCAUUUUGGGUACCCUGGAAUAAACAAUUAGCAGGCUAGAUGGACCAGCGGUCUGACAACUUCAUAUGUUUCUUGUGUUGAUCAUAAAUAUAUGGUAUCUUAAUUGCAUAUAAGGCUUUUUUUUUCUAUCCCCUAGAGAUUUUUGGAGAAUAGUAGCAUCACUGCUUGUUACAAUGAACUGAUUCAAAUAGAACAUAGCGAGGUGCGAUCACAGUUCAAACUACGGUACGUAAAAAUAUGUGCGAAAACUGUUCAUGUUCUUGACAGAAAGUGUCCUUGGCAGAAAGGAGGCGAGCCAGUCGCUAGCAUGCAGCCCAGAGGGGGAGGAGAAAGGGGGGGCAGCAGGAGGAACCGCCUCAGCCCGCCCAAGCCAAAAUCCCAGACAUAUGCUUAAAUAUUUUAAAAAUCCCCCGGGUGCCCAUGUUGCGUGUACAAGACGACCCCCAAUUUUUUACUUUUUUUUUUUUAAAGCAAAAUAACCUUGUCUUAUACAUGAAAAAAAUACGGUAGUUCCAGGAUUUGGGAAGUGCAGACCAAAUAAUUAACCAUUCAUCAGGAGUAAGUGCUGUUUGGGGCUUGCACAGAGACUCAGCUUCUAGUCACUUGCCUCAGUCAGAUUCCUUAUUUCUUAAAUUCCAAGUAUUCACCUUUCUUCCAUUGGGCUUUAGUUUCUCCUAAUCAGAAUAUGUUCACCUAAGUAGAGCAUUUUGUAUAUAGUUGGUAUCACUAUAUGAAGCAAACAUUUCUUUCAUUUUUCUCCUUCCGGGUCCCCCCCCCCAUCUGCUGUUCUUCCACAUGGCUUCAGGGAACUUAUACCCACCCACUAUCUGAGUUUAAGGUGUUGGCCAGAUGGAACAAUUCCCACUCUUCUCCCUCUGCAUUUUGUCCUGGGGGGGGGCGGUCUGCCGCUCCCCACUCCAGAGUCAAUUCUGUGGGAAGAGAGAAGGGAAAGUCCUGUUGCCUAAGCAGAAGAACUUGUGCAGGGCGUCCACUAACACGAUUCAUUAUGUCAAUCCCACCCAAAAUGUAUACAAAUGUGUGCCCUCUUUUGCAAGUGGAGCUGAGGGUCCAAUCUACAUAUAGGCAGUGACUAUUCUUGACACUUCCAAUAUGUGUGUGAUUGCAUGUGCGCGUAUUGUGCCGAAACUGGAAGUGACCCAAAAAUCUCACAAAAAUGGGUGGGGCAGUGUGUUUACAAGCUUUUCCAAUGGUGUUUCAAAUGUAUGUGAUUUCACUUCAACAUACAGCGCCUCAGAACAUAACCCCUGCAUAAAUGAGGUAAGUGUACUGGGUCCAGAAAAUUCUGCUGGCCCCUCUGCCCCAAAAUGUACCAUCAGUAUUUGCCAUCCACAAGUCAAGGGCCUACCCAAUAAAUCAAAAUAAAUUUGACCCCCAUGUGAUACUAGACUUCUCUCAGCAAGUGCACAUUCCACAUUGUAACAGGAAUGAGGGAGUCAUGGGGGUGACUUACAGAGGAGGAUUGCUUAUCCCCUCCUUCACUUGAGAAUCUUCCCCUUUUCCCAUUUCCCCUCACUUAAGCUUAUUCAUUGCUCUGGCUAAAGGAAGCAUUUACAGAGAGAGAAUAAAACGCAGGAGAAAUGCAGACAACCAGUAUUUUCUUUGCAAUAUCUACACUGUGAAUACAUUACAUAUUGCCUAACAAUCCUCUCCAUAGAUGUAUCGUAGAAAAAUACAUUGAAAAUCCUGGUAGAAAUGAAAACAUCCAAAUGCAAUACAUCUUGCAAUGUUUUUAAAAUAAUUCUUUGUGUUCUUUUCAUGCACUGAUGUAAUCCUGACCUGUUACACUUGCAGAUAUUAAUGGUGUAUAAUAACUUGUUAAUUUCAGGGCUUGCAAUUCAGUGUUCACAGCACUGGAACACUGUCAUGAAGCCAUAGAAAUAACUAGCGAGGAUCAUGUAAUUCAGGUAUGGAAAAGGCACAUUUUUCUUCCUCUUCAGAAACCUGUGUAUCGAUAUAUCAGUUGAUUGAACACCAUUGGCUUCUGUGGUUGUAUGUAGACGUUUGUGCCAUAUCCUUCCUUUCCUUCUUAAAUAUCUGUUGGGGGAGGGAGUUCUACAAUGGAAAUGUAUCUAACAGUAUUCAUACUGGGGACUGAAUGUAGCAUAGGCAUGUGGAAUGCAUGUUUAAGUUCACGCUUUCCUUGGUUGCUCACAUGGUUUCUUUGGUUUACAGUAUGUCAAUCCAGCCUUUGAACGGAUGAUGGGCUAUCAAAAGGGAGAGCUAAUAGGAAAGGAACUCACUGAGCUUCCAAAGAGUGACAAAAACCGUGUGGACCUACUGGACACGAUCAACACUUGUAUAAAAAAAGGAAAAGUAGGUGACUAGCUAAAUUCUAUCUCCUGCCUCCUUAAACCUCCUUAAACUGAACAGACCUUUGAGAUCAUUUUCCUCUGUUGGUAAAUUACAAAUCUAGGACACCUUAACUUUAUUGGAGAACAUGUGCAAUUGGAUAACCCUGUAACAAAACUGUAAGAGGGAAAGAAUUGUGUGUGUGCAUGCAUAAAAUCUGCUUUUGUGCAGAGUUUAUUGCCAUGUGGAGAUUCUGGGAUGAUGGAUUCUCUGCUUGUAGCUUGCUGUCAGUGCAUCUAUGAUUCUCUCACGUAAAAGGUGUCUGAGACUGUGGUGUCACAAAAUGCUACCAGCUUAGAAAUGUUUAUUUUAAGAAAGGGGUUUGUGAUCUGAGCUUCCUAGAAUGUUGUUUUCACUCAACUUGUUUAGGAAUGGCAAGGAGUUUAUUAUGCACGGAGAAAAUCAGGAGACAGUAUCCAACAGCAUGUGAAGAUAACGCCUGUAACCGGCCAAGGAGGGUAAGUUUGUUAAUUAAAAGUGCACUCUGUUGUAAUGGUUUUCUCUGUUAUACAUACGUAUAUAAAUAGAUGGAAUCAGGUUUGACUGUGAAUAUAUACACCUAUAUGCAUAAUUAUAUUUCUAUCAAAUAUAAUAAUUCCAUAUAAUAGUGCCAUGUUUCUUGGCACAGGUCUGGGCUUUAAAGCUCUGUGUCUGAGUGUGUAUUUCUUCUCUCUCAGUGCUUUCCCUAGGAAAACCCGCGUUUCACCGCCAAAUCAGAGUAAAUGGCAAUUAGGUUUUCUGCAGAUUGGACCCAGUUUUAUGUGUUUGAUUCCCCUGAAUCUCUGUUCUAUAAGCUGGGUUUUCUGUUUGCUUGUUUUAGGAUGUGUUUUUUUAACAAUAUUAAAAUAAUAAUAACAGUACACCGCUUGUAUAAAUGCUUUAAGAUAAAAUAAAUAUUAUCCCUGUCUCCCUCCCACCAGCUGCUAAUCCUCAACUGUACUUCACCUGUGACUCUCACCAAAUGCUAGUGCCAUUGCCAAGGCACAAGCCUUGUAUUACCUGGUUUACCUGAGAGUCAAACUACAUGUGAUGUGGAAAUUCCACGACUGGGACACCCAUCAAAGCAACCUUGGGGUUAGGGGCAAAUAGUUGAAAUAGGGGCAAAUAGUUGAAUUCCCCUAUGCAUCUCUGAUUCAAACUACUCUCCACACUUUUUCAUAGAAAAAAAAGCUGAGUUUCAGACUGCAAUCUUGUGCACCUUUACUAAAGAGUAAGUUCCCCUGAAUUUAGAAGAGCUACUCACAUAGGAUUCCACUGCUAGUCAUGGAAUUCCCAUGUUGCACAUAGUUGUCCUUAAAUAAGGUCUCAUCUCUCAGUCUCAUUCUUUAAAAUGUGAACAUAAUUGACCUAUUCUGUAGGAUGAGAUGAAUAAACAAGUGACAAUAAUAAUUAUAGGAUUUUUUUAAUUUGGAAAAAAAAUAUUGAAAAUACAGUAAUUUUAUGCAAUCUGUAUAAUUAUAAUAAGUCAACAGCAUCGUAUGACUAAAUAUUGUCCUGAUACUUAUCAUUCCAAAACAUCACAGAUUAAAAAAAAUCACUCUAAAAAAUGUUUCUGUUAUUUGCUCUUCUGCAAUAUGUUAAUUUAGACAUUAGAUUUUCUCAAACCUUUCUGACAGUGAUGGAGUAGUUAAUUAACAGGUUUCUUUUAAUUAAUCAGAUCUGAAUUUUUUAUUUAAAGUAAAUGGUAACAAUUUAAUCACCAGUUGUGCCAAAAUUAUUUAGUAACAGUGCUUUUGUUGUUUUUGUUAAUAUUGGCAGGAAAAUCCGUCAUUUUGUAUCUAUCAAGAAGCUAUGUUGCACCAAUGACAGCAACAAACAGGUACUGUGUUUUCUUUGAAGUAUACAACCGCCUUUCUUGAUAGCAUCCCAUAGUAAUAACUGUUUUUCUUCACACAGCCAGUACAUUAUGUAAUAUUUAAAAUAUGAGUGCCAAAACAUACUAUCUGGAAGACUUCACCAGGUAGCAUGCAAGUUUAUUUGACCAAGCAAAAUGACUGGGCCAGAUUUUGGGGAGAGAAUUAUGCAGUCUUUCAAGUUACACAGAAUACAUCAUGUAGCAGAAUUUGGUCCUAGGGAAAGCUAAAUUGUUUACAGGUGCAAAUAGAGUUGUCAGAAGAAAAGGAAGCACACAUCUGCAUACCACAAGGUUGUCUGUGCAGCUAAGGUUUAGCUAAAUCAGAAGUUUAUGUGUCUAUUUCCUUUUCUUUUUUUCACAUGACACCAGACCUACAAGACCCAUCGUGAUGAAAAGUGUGCAGGAGACCAGUUUCAGUCAGGUUAGAAAAUAAUCUUUCUUCAAAUGGCAUCAUUUUAUAAUCAUCUAAAUUCUCUCAGCAGUGUGUAUGUAUAUAUAUUUAAGUACCAUCAAGGAUCUAGCAGAACUGGUACUUUCCCCCCUGAGGGCUUUCCUAGAAUUAUGCCUACAGAUUAUGCCUUCUGCCAGGUUGGAUGGUAGAUGCAAAGAGAUGCCUAUCUCUCAACAGAUUUGAAGGUAGAGAAUGUAAUCCAUUAUGUAUUGAAAUGUGCUUUACAUGGUGGUUCAAGGGCAAAAUUAUUGAGAAACAUUUUGGCUAGCUUAACAACCUACUCUGAUCAAGAAAAUAAAUUUUCUUAAAUAUCUUUAUCCGUAAAUGAGAAAUUAAUUAAAACAAAUGUGUGUGUGAAAAUAAAUUCUGGCCACUUUUAAAAUACCUUCCUGUAAUAUUUCUAGACUCUCACUCCUUCAGAUGCAAGAACAGGAGAAAAGAAUCUAUUGAUGUCAAAUCAAUAACUUCUCGGAGCAGCGAUGGUAAGGACACCAAUGUGUGGAGAAUAUUUCUAGCAGUUCAGGAUCCUGGAUUAGAUUGCUGCUGCUACUGCCACUGUUCAUUUUUGAAGAUUUGAGAGAGAGGCACUUGAUUUGUCUUCAAGGUUUUUGUUAAAAGUAGCUCCCUAUUGUCUGGGCUAUUGAGCAACAAUAAUAGAAAGCAGUACAAUUUAGAACAGUGGAAAGUAUUUGGGGGCAGAGGUGUCUCCAUCUCUUACUGGCAAAUAAUUUAUUACUCUCUGAGAACAUACGAUGGGACCGUAGCUUCUUUAUUUAUUUUAUUACAUUUAUAUCCUGCCUUUCUUUCAUCAUGGAACUCAAGAUAGACCCACACAUCUAAAAUAAUGCAAUGUAUGAGGAUGUAGAUUUUUACUUUUGUUUGUUUUAAAUGCCAAAAUGUUUCUGUUUAAUGGCAGCCCCAAGUUUACAGAAUCGUCGGUAUUCAUCAAUGGCAAGAAUACACUCCAUGACGAUAGAAGCCCCAAUCACAAAGGUAAGAGUCAACAACUUUCUGAUAAAAUUUCACACACAUCAGCAAUCGGGACAGAUACAGCAAGGCUUUUUCAAGGCAUUCAGAUAUCUUAUGAUGCGCUCAGCCAACACAGUACGUUUCACAUCACCCCAAUGACCUGGUUUGCAUGUAACACUAAGCCAAACCAUGGCUAAGUGUGAGCAUGAUAGUGUGCAUGUACUCUCAGUUAAAAUCAUAACGGCUUCACUCCCCCUCCAGUUAUCCAGCUGUUACGCUACCUGGAAUUAUGUCAUGGUUUGGCCUGGCAUUAUAUUGCUGUAGGCAAACUAUGAGUUGUAGCCACUAUUUGUUUUUCGCUUACUAUUCAUGGUUUGUCUUGGAUACACAAACCAUUAGUGUGAGUUCGGACAUAACACUACAUGCAUACUGGACCAAUAACUAUGUAGUUUCUACUAUAGCAGAUAAAUAAAAGGUGUGGCAACUUAAAGCCAAGCUAAUUUUAAGAUGUUGCUUAUCAAACACAUGAAUGGAGACCAUGCUAUUUAUUCAUUCAGAUGCCUCUAAAAACUUAUUGUAAACAUGUCCUUGUAAACUCACAAGAAAUGGACCAAGGAUGUUUUUUCUAAAAUAUUAACUAAUACUUUAUCUUUAUGAACUAUUAUUACAUAAUAGAACUGCCCAACUUGAAUCAGUAAUCAACUAAGAGUGCACUCCUGUACAUCUUCACUUAGAAGCAAGUACCAUUGAGUUCAGUAGGGUUUACUCCCAGGAAAAUAGGAAUAGGAUUACAGGCACGAACUUUAAUUGCUUACUCAGUGAUGCCAAUUUUAAUCAUGUAGGCAAGUGGUUUUCAACCAGUGUGCCGUGGCACCCUACAGUAACUUGAAAGAUAAUAAUAUUAUAAUUUAUUACUUAUACCCUGCACAUCUGGCCGGGCCUCCCCAGCCACUCUGGGUGGCUUCCAUCAGAAUAUUAAAAACACAAUAAAACAUCAAACAUAAAAAACUUCCCUAAACAGGGCUACCUUUAGAUGUCUUCUAAAAGUCAGAUAAUUGUUUAUUUCUUUGACUUCUGGUGGGAGGGCAUUCCACAGGGCGGGCGCCACUACCAAGAAGGCCCUCUGCCUGGUUCCCUGUAACCUCACCAACACUUUGAAUUAUGCUCGGAAACAUACUGGGAGCCAAUGUAGGUCUUUCAGGACCAGUGUUAUACGGUCUUGGCGACCACUCCCAGUCACCAGUCUAGCUGCCGCAUUCUGGAUUAAUUGCAGUUUCUGAGUCACCUUCAAAGGCAGCCCACCUAGAGCGCAUUGCAGUAGUCCAAACGGUCAGGGGUGCCGCAGGCAACACUGCCCUCCCUCUUUUCUUCUCUCCCUCUUCUGAUGCCCUCUCAUGUCUCUGCCUCCCAAAGGCUUGCAUAGCUGUUUAUUGCAGCAGCCCAGGCUAUAAGCUCCACAGGCAAAUGGUACCUCUGGCAGGCACCUCUCUUUGGGGCAGGGGGGGCACUCCCUGGAGAACUCACAAGGAGAGGGGAGAGGAGAACAAGCCGAGGGAACACUCCACAAGGGAAGGUGUUCAAAAAAGGGUGAGAAGCUGCCAGCGCUGCAGGCAAGGGGUAACAUAACUGGGCUCCUGAGCCCCACAGGGGUGCCGCAGAAAGAAUGUAGUUGGUUAAGGGAGCCGUGGACUCAAAAAGGUUGAAAACCUCUGAUGUAGGCAAAUUGUAAUCAGUUGUUAAUGGUACAUUUGUUACUGUUUAGUGUCUAUUUUGCACUCAUUGUAACAGGGUUUGAAAAUAUAAAAUACAGUCUGUCCCUAUAACAGUGAUAGCUUUUGCUUAUAAGUUUUAAAUUAUCAUAGUACUUUCAAUAUUCUCAAAAAGGCACCUAUAUUGAAUUUUUAGCAAUACACAGCUGUACAUUAAUCUAAAUGGUAAAUUAAUUAGUUAAUUAUUUAAAUAAGAUGAUUAAUCAACUGCUUUAUUCAUCUGAUGUUCCUUUUACAUACUAAUUCCUUAAUGGUUUCAUGUAGACUAAAAAUGAGCAAUAGCUGUUAUAUAUUUCUGUUUGUAACCCCGUAGGUCAUUAAUAUAAUCAAUUCUGCUCAAGAAAACAGCCCUGUAACUGUAGCAGAGGCCUUGGAUCGGGUUUUGGAAAUCUUACGGACAACAGAACUUUACUCUCCUCAGUUAGGUACCAAAGAUGAGGAUCCUCACACUAGUGAUCUUGUUGGAGGUCUGAUGACUGUGAGUAAGAAGACACAUAUCAAACAACCAAUUUCACUCACUGUUGUGGGGUGUUUCAGCUGAGCUGAUGUUCUAAGCAAAAUUCCUGUGGCUUCUCAAUUGCCUCAUUACAUUGAUAGUACUACAAACCAUAACAUUCCGUCAGCCUUCUGUUGCUGGUGCUUGUUAUGGGAAAAACUGUUAAGAUUUAUGUAAGCAGCAUAUGGAACGCACAGUAGGAGGAAUAUAUUGAACUUUGCCCUGGUUCACCAAAGCGGAGCUCUGUGGAUACAGAAAAUUGCCUCUGUAAACUGCUCCAGAUAAGCAGCCAUGAAGGAGGAUAGCAUGCAGCUUUAAUGUCAGAUUGAAUUCUCAGUGGUGGUGCAAGUUUUAUAGCGUAUUUAUUUAAGCAACAUUCACACAUUCAUUGUAUGUGCUUUUCUAAUUAUUUGGAGCAUAAUUUAUAUUGCUUAGUGCAUAAACGUAAUGAUACCCUAAUCCUAAUCUUCCCUAACCUUUUGCGGCUUGAUCACAAUGUCUUUUAAGAGUGCACCCUUCUCCUUUUUUCCUUGGUGUGUGGAAUCAGUGUGCAAAUAUUUUUUGUUUUAUUUCAGGAUGGCUUGAGAAGGCUGUCAGGAAAUGAGUAUGUAUUUUCCAAAAGUAAGUUCCCACGUCCAACUCUCUUUAACACAUGCCUGUUUUAUUUGUUGCUGUUGUUACAAAGCAAUUAAGUCUUGCUGAAAAUCACUGGUGCAGAGAAUCCUUCAAACACACAAUAAAAGGUCCAGUUCUUACACAGCAGUUACUUGAUUCAGUAAGGAAUAUCUAUGUAUGGAAGAUGUUGAGGCUUAUCUUGGUGGGUAUAUCCAGCUGUGUCAUAUGUUCAACUUGACCCCGUUGAACUGGCUCAUUGCAUCUUCUUGAUGGGCUUAUACAUCCCCAUUCAGGGUCACCAGUUGUUACAUGUGAUUUGCUGCCUGCAACUAGAGGUGUAUCAGGACCAGAGAAGACAGUGUUGGAAAACACAAGCUGGGCGAUAGGAGUGUGUUAAACACAGAAUUGCCCCAGUAACAUAGAAAGAGGGUGCCUUGGCAUAAAAACUGCAGGGAGGUAAACUACAGGUGAGGGCAGUGCCUUACCACCAUGCAUGCCACCUUUGCAUAUGCACCUCCCCACUCCACAUCAGGGCAGUUCCAUUUACACACACAUGAGAUUGUAGCCUCUGGAUUGGAUCCUGAUAUAGUUAUACUAAGAUUAGACCCAUUGAAAUCAAUGAAUCACAACAAACAAGUCCCACUGAUUUCAGUUACUAAGCCUGGAUUCAUCCCGUCGUGUCUACCUUGGUCCAAAUACUUAAUUUCUACUAAGGAUUCUUCAGUGUGGUGUAGUGGUUAGAGUGGUGGACUAGGACCUGGGAGACCAGGGUUCACAUCCCCACUUGGGCAUGAAACUCAUUGGGUGGCUGUGGGCCAGUCGCUGCCCCUCUGCCUAACGUAUAGGGUUGUUAUGUGGAUUAACUGAGGAGGAAGAGGAGAACCAUGUGCCCCACAUUGAGCUCCUUAGAGGAAAAGGCAGAAAUAUAAUUGAAAUAAAUAAAUUUAUCAUUUCAACAGAUACCACGAACCAGAGCCAUGGUCACCUCUCUGUGCCAAUUACUAUCAAUGACGUUCCACCCUGUAUUGCACGCUUACUGGAUAAUGAAGAGAGCUGGGACUUCAACAUUUUUGAACUGGAAGCUGUUACAAAUAAAAGGCAAGCCUUCUCUCUGCAUUGUGUUAGAUAGAGGUAUAGAAGUGGAAGGUGUUGCUGAACAAGCUGUGGCACAAAUUAAGCUUGUGUCAUCUAUGACUUGCUUAGUUGUAGCUGCCUGUCUCUGGCAGAUGUUGAUACAGGAAGCCAGGAGUAACUUGUGCUUCCCCCUCCUGUGCUUCCUGGUGGAUGUGUGGAGUGGGCAUGAUUCCCAAAGCUGCCAGAAUAAUACCCUUUUUACUUUAUGUUACAUUUGUUGUGGUUAGUUUAGCAAGAGCAGGACAGAUCUAUAUGCAGCUCCAUCCUUUCUGUCUUGCGACUCCCUUCAAGAGCUACUACAUGGUGCCACCAAUAUUUCUUUCUUUCUUUCUUUCUUUCUUUCUUUCUUUCUUUCUUUCUUUCUUUCUUUUUCUUUCUCUCUCUCUCUCUCUCUUCACUUCCCAUUGAAAUUAAACUUAAGAACAUGCAACUGCAUGUUAAAUCUAUUAUGCUCCUAUGACCCCUUGCCUCUUCAGGCCAGAAUACAUUAAAUACAGUUUGAGGUGUUAAAGCUUCCCCCCCCCCCCAAGCUGUCAGCCCUCCUAAAAUGCUGCUCAGCUGCUGUUUGGCACAGAAAAGUAACUGCCAUUGACAUCGAUGACAGCUUCUCAUCUGUGCCAAACAGCAACUGAGAGAGGGAGCUCUUAAUUAGAACUACAGCACUGGAAGAUAGUGGUAACCCUUCAUGCCUUUGCGCCAUGGUCCUGAUCCUAAUUGCCCCCAUGUGGCUGCUGUUUUUAAAAAAGGACUGCACAAUGCCAAGCUGUGCAUUUCACGUCAUGUAAUUUGGCUCUUCCUUUCAUUCCUUCCUUUUAUAUAAGUCUCCCCACUGUCAAAAUGCUGAUUGUCAACUUCACAUGGCAAGCAAGCACACACAGGGAUAGUGGUGAAAUGUAUCCAGUAAAUGGAAGCUGUUGCUAACCAAAGUCUGCAAGAGCAAGAAGACUGAUAACGAGUGCCUUUCCUGCCUUGUUUUACCAUCUCCCUUUCCAAUUAUGUUUCAGGCCACUGGUUUACCUGGGUCUGAAAACUUUUGCCCGCUUUGGUGUCUGCGAAUUUUUAAACUGUCCCGAAGCCACACUGCGAGCCUGGUUCCAGGUGAUUGAAGCCAACUACCACUCCUCCAAUUCCUAUCAUAACUCCACUCAUGCAGCUGAUGUCUUGCAUGCCACAGCUUUCUUUCUGGGGAAAGAGAGAGUUAAGGUACAAUUUUUGCUAAGAUUUCCUAUACUUAUGUUCAACAAGUUAUGACCGGGUGUUUCCAUGGUAUUUAUUUGAAGUCCCUCACUGCGCUGCUUACUAUCUGAGAGUAGUUAUACAAUCAUUUUUAUAUGGAAAAAUGUCACUAUGUGGUGGCAUCUCCCAAUCAUUUUUCUAUGGUUAUUGAUAUUUAUAAAUCAGCAGUGGGGAACCUUUGGCCAUGAGUCUAAGUAGACACACCGGGCUUCCCCAUUUUGGCCAAGCCCUACACUUGAUGUAAUAUAUGAGGUGUGGGGCAUGUAAUGCAGCUGAUUAUCAGGGAACUGUGCAUGGGGCACACAAAGCAUUGACAAUCAACUAAUGGUCAAUGCUUACAUAGCUUUAUUCAUAACGCUAUACAAAAACAGAUUACUUGACAUUGUUGUGAUGUCAGGUGAUUUGACAGGUGGAAGGAAUAAGAAUAUGGUCUGCUGGCCAGAUCCAAACCCCCAGCUCUGUUGUAAAUGGAUCUUCAGAAGAUGAAAAUGAGCUGCAUCUAUGUAGCCAUUGAAACUAAUGCUGCAUUCCCCAUAGUUAUGGGUGGAUUACACUGGAUGGGUAAAUUUCCCAUCGGGAAAAUUACAAGAAACUCCUGCCUCUAGAUUCUACAAACUCACCCAGACUUGCAUAUCAGUGACUCUACUGGUGAUUACUGUUACAUUUUUAUUUUGAUAAAUACUGUAUAGGUGAACAAGACUUAAUUCUUUCUUGUAGGCAAGCCUUGAUCAUUUAGAUGAAGUGGCUGCAUUAAUAGCUGCAACAGUUCAUGAUGUGGACCACCCAGGACGGACCAAUUCUUUCCUGUGCAACGCAAGCAGUGAGCUUGCUGUACUCUACAAUGACACGGCUGUGUUGGAAAGCCAUCACACAGCUCUGGCGUUCCAGCUCACCGUAAAAGACAACAAGUGCAACAUUUUCAAAAGUCUCAAUAGGUUAGCUUCCUCACAGUUCUCUUUGUUUUGAGUACGUGAAGAUACAUUUUUUUGUGGUUGUGUGCGAGAUCUGCCUCCCCCCCCAAAAAAAAUUCUGUUUAUAGAUGGAUGUCUGGAAUUUUGUGUCAACAAUCACAUCAGUGCUCCAGAAUGCAGAGGGCUGGCCUAUAUGAGAUGGCUAGCAUUCAUCAGCAUAUGUCCAAAACUUGGGUUUUUCUUUUCUUUUCCACACAUUUAUCUGCUAUGGUCAGCAUUCUCAUGGGAAUGUUGCCUUUCUCCAAAUUUUGGACACUUAUUGUAACAUACAUAUAGUUAAAAAAACACACACAACCCAAGCACCUCUAUCUUCCAUAUCUGUGCAGUGUGUACCAAUUAUAUUCCAAGUUGAAGUGUUAUGAAAAUGUAUUUCUUCUCCAGAAAUUUGGGAUAUUUGCUAUUUUUUAGGGGAAAUAGUUGGGCCUGUACCUUGGGAUUACAUAGAUGAAUACUUACUCACUUUGUAUGAAUAUGUGAAAGUGAUUACAAGGGAUGUAUUCAUAAUGUGAUUCUUUGGCUGGAAUGUUAAAUGUGAAUUUGGAGGCCUGAUACCAUACCUGGGAAAUAGUGAAUGGCUGCAGAUGGUGAGCCACACUACUGCUUAGCCGAGAUUCCUCUUUUUUAACAGUAUUUGAUAACUUUCUUUAGAGCAAUUUUAGCCCACUCCUGCUCUAUCUCCUUUUAUAAUCCUUUCUCUUAAACCUUCCUGCUUCCCGUGGGGAUCCAAAUGUUCUGAGUUCUUAAACACUCUUCUUUUCCCUUUUCCCAGAAAUCAUUACCGAACGCUUCGUCAGGCAAUUAUCGACAUGGUUUUGGCAACAGAAAUGACAAAGCAUUUUGAGCAUGUGAACAAGUUUGUGAACAGCAUCACCAAGCCCAUGUCCUCGGAAGAAGCACAGGUAUUUUAAGUAGAUGUAUAUUAUGUGCAUUUCAGUGGCACUUUCUUUUCAUAUUACCAGAAUUCAUACAUCCACAACCAGGAUCUGUGUUUUAUGCUAUUAGGUGCAAACCAUGUCCAGGUGCUCAAUCUCAUAAUAAUAUAUUGGGCAAUGUGCAUUGUUUCUUUUCCACUGAUGGAAGGCAUAUAGAGCGAAAAAUACAGUAAUUGGAUUGCAUGAACCAAAUGUCACAUAAUGCAUCACAUUGUCAUACAAUAAAUCCACAUCUGUACGAUACAAUAAAAGGGACAUAUAACACGGUAGGCUCUCCUGUACUGCUUCCUAAAACAACCAGGUUUGUUCAGGGUUGUUACUUAAUAUUACUUAUAUUAAGGUGUAGUUUAAAAGUGUUAUGAUAGUGUUUUCAUAGCAGUUGUGAGCAGUUAUGCUAACCCCCACUUUUAACUAUGUAUCUGCAUUUCAGAAUGAGGGUAGUGACUGUGAAUGUACAACCAAUCUCAAGAACAUUCCAGAUAACCAGACGUUGAUUAAGCGCAUGAUGAUCAAAUGUGCAGAUGUUGCAAAUCCAUGUCGCCCUCUAGAACUGUGUAUUGAAUGGGCUGGGAGGAUUUCAGAAGAAUAUUUUGCACAGGUAUGACUUUAUAAUUUUAAAAACUGAAUACUAACAUAGCUUUUAGCAUGAGAAAAAUAAUUUUACUUCUAAAAUGCUCUUGUGUUUUCAGAUGACUAGAAAGCACAUGCUAUCUGUAUUUCCCGCCUCAGCUUCUACCAUCAAUAACAGCUUCAUAUGCCAUGACAGAAUUCAUUAAGUAUAAUUGAUCAAACAGUUUAAGAUAGCAGAUGCUAAGCAAGUGCACACUCUCUUAAAAAAUAUACUGGAGUGAUUCAGAAGCACUUUGAACAUUGCAGCAAAUAAACAACCAACCAACCUCAAUUCGGCAAAGAUUUGAAGAGUCUGCUGAAACUCAAUCUUUGAUUAGAAUGUGUUAUGUAACUGGAAAAAUGCAUGAAAAUAAUGAAAUCAGACUUGGAUGAUUGUGAUGCAGUCAAAGAAUCUCAAAUUGUGAAAUCUGUUAUGUGAAGUGCUAUGGGGGGGGGGUGUGGCCUGGGUAAAUUAUUUGAACAGCCAAGAAAGGCAAUGCAGUGCACUGACAAGUAGAGAAAAUGGAAGGAACCAAUUUGUGAAUUGACACUUUACUUAUUUUUUAUUGAAGGCAUUUAUAUACCACUUAAUCAUUAUCAUUUCUAAGCAGUUUACAUGAGAGUUUAUAGCCUGGAGAAGGCUGCACUGAUGCAAUAGGAUGGAAAUAUUUUUGAGUGAGAAUGAAGUUCUCCAUGCCUCUACAACAUCAUAGCUGCUUCCUGGUGUACAGCUAUUUCCUAGUCCAGUGGUUCAAUCAGCCACCUUUGAAGCAAACCAUUCUGGAACUGCAUCUGCUCACCUUGCCCUGUCCAACUGGUUUUAGCACUUGAGGCUGAGUGUUCAUUCUUUUUCUCUGGCUCAUUUUCCUGUAUGGGAACAGCAGCAGCAAAAUCCUAAAUUGGACUUAAGAGAUAUUAUUGAUUAUUUCAAUUUGUACCCUCCUUUUCUACAUACAUGUGCCCAUGAUGUGCAAAAUGCCUGUUCAUCUUCUGGGAUAGUUUGAAGCAAAAACUAAUCUUCAGGUCCCAUGGAUUUUUUUCUCUCAUAAUUUUGGGGAUAGCAGUUCUGUGCUCCUGCUCCAGGUAGAAUAUUUUUAAUUGCAACUGCAAGUAGGGUUUGUUUUCCUGAGCUAUUGCUCUGUACUGUUAAGAUCAUAUAUGAUAUACACACAUACACCCCCCAAAAAAUUGUGUAAUCUUUGCUUUGGCUGCACAAAUUGACUUCAAUUAUUUUGUUUUCUACAGACGGAUGAAGAAAAGAGACAGGGUCUGCCAGUUGUUAUGCCAGUUUUCGAUCGAAACACCUGUAGCAUCCCCAAGUCUCAGAUAUCCUUCAUUGAUUACUUCAUAAUGGACAUGUUUGAUGCUUGGGAUGGUGAGAAGUUGCAUUUUCUUUUUUCUCUGUGGAAGAACAAAUUUCUUACUGUUUCACCCCAAAGGUGGUAGGAUAUAAAAGUCUAAAUCCAUAUGGCCAGGGACUGUGCAUCACAGAAUAAGCCUAAGUUCUGGGUUACCCAGUACCAUGGGAAAUCUGUGCUAGUGCAGAUAGCACAACCUCUCGGGCUGGGGUGCUUGGAAAUUGCACACCGCUGGUGAAUGUGUACUUUUAAUGGUGAAUGCAGGUGAAAAAGGGCCUCCCCUAAUGUACUGAUUUUAGGGAUUACUAUGUUUUACGGCAGCUCAGUAAGGACUACAAAAUUGCUUUGGAUUAUUUUUCAAUAAUUUUUAAAUAGUUGCUGUUCUGAAAUAAAUAGAAACUAUAUUCUACAGCAACUGUUUUAGCACAGAGCACAAUUUUAUUUUCCAGUUUCCUAACUAAUGAUCUAAUUAUGUAGCCAAAAUGACACUGUCAACUCACAAGCCAUCAGCAGGAUUGGGGAAACAGCCCAAUAAAAACUGAGCAUGCUCAGCUGCUGCAGAUGACAAUGCAGGAAUGGAAACUUGAGGGGUGUGUGUAUGCUGAGUAACCUGAAAAACAGCAUGCCUGGUUGACUGGCACCCUGAACAGGAGAAUAUUCCAUGCUGCAGCAUUUUGUUGCAGAUCCCACUUGUGCUUUUGGAGAAAGUUAGCCACUAAUAAAACUAGGUAUCAUUUUUUGUAUAUACUAUUCUUUGUUUUGUACCAGCAGUUGACUAAAUAAUUCAGUACAAAGGCUGAAGACUAUUCACUGUGAGAACACUUCCCUCAAGUUGACACUAUGUUUUUUCAGUUGUUGCUGGGCUUUGACAGUAAAGCAUUUCUUUUCUCUUCCUCUCUCAGCAUUUGCACACCUACCUGAUCUGAUGCAACACUUGGCAAAUAACUACAAACACUGGAAAACACUAGAUGAGCUAAAGUGUAGGAGCCUCCGGCUUCCUUCAGAGAACAAUAACGGAAGCUGAAGGGAGGAUAUGGAACAUCAUAGCCUACCACUCACACUGUGAACCACUUACUGGUAUGAACCCAAGAGGGGGAAAUUUCCUUCACAAUGAAGUAACCAACAGGGCAGCAUGGAGAAGACUAUUGUUUCUCAAUUUUAAAUUGUUCUAAAUUCUACACAACUUUGUUUUUUUAUAUAUAAAAAUGAUAAUCGAGAAACCAAUAUAUGCUUUAUAGAGCUAUUCUCUUUUUGUGGCACAAUGGAUCCUUUUAAAUGUAAUUUUAUAUAAAACAAAUUGUUAUAAUUUGUCAAAUUAUAUGAUUGGUGUAAGCUGUUUGCAGGCCAGGAUCAAUUAUACACAUGAACUCCAUGUGAGAGGGCAGAAUUCUACCAAAAGCUAGCUUCUCUGGAAUAACUAUCAAUAACAUUUGAUAGACAUAAGCAUUUUGGGGGAGCCUGGUUUACAGCAAAUAUCCUUUAUGUGAAACGUAACCCAAGAACAAAACAAAAACAAAACAAAAAGCGAUUGGAGAAAGAAAUUUGAGGGGGUAAACAGCAAAUUCAACUGUCCUUUCUUAGAGAAAAAUAAUUAUUUUAAUAGCAAAGUUAGUUAAUCAACUAUCAACUUUGUUCUCUUUUGUAUAUGGUACAAUUUCUGUGAUCUAAACCUGUCUGUGCAUACUGCUUCCCUCCUUAAGCUGGCUUUCCUGCGGACUUAAAUGUUAGGAGGCCAUUUGCAUGCACAAUAGGAAUGCAGCCACAGAAGUAGCUCCAUUACUAAAGUUGCACAGUAAUGUGGGGACUCUACACACUGUGGUUUCUAGAUACACAAGGAGGCCUGGGAGCUGCUUUACUUAUUAAACCAAUUUUGUAUAAAAUUUUAGUAGGCAGUAAUGAAGCCCAUAAAUUUGAGCCAAUCUGUUCUCUUCUCUGCCUUCUAAACAGGUGACAGUGAGCCAUAUUGUGAAAGUCCAUACAAGCAACUAAAGUCAGGGACUGGCACUUGUUGCAUCUGUUGCUUCAAUAGCACAAUCAUGCUUUGUGAUGUUGUACCGUUCCAGUUUUAUAUCUGCCUGCUAGAAUGGGGAGCAGAGUGUGACAGAUGCUUAUUUACAUGAGCCAUAAGGAAAAGAAACCCUGCUUAGAUAGAUAUGCACACCCUCAAGCCAUAUUCAAAAAGGUCUCCAGAAUCUACACUUGUACAGAGGCAUCCUAUUAUCUUUCUAUGAGAAGGGAAAUGGCUGCUCAUACAUUGUAUUUCCCUCAUAGAGGACAGGAAAGCCCCUGUGCCUUUAUAGUGUCCUGGAUUGCAGCCAUAGUAAUUACUCUUAAGACAGUGACCUUAAUAUCAAGGACCCAAGACAAUGUAUACGCUAAAUAUAAUCUUUAAUGUUAAGAACAGAACAAAAACACAAGGUUCAGGUUGUAUUGCUAUUUGAUGUAAGCUGCUUCAAGAGCUGCAGUUAAGAAUGAUGUAUCUUAAAAAAAAUAAAAUGUAAUAUAGACCUAAUAAGAUUCAUUUUUAAGUUACGGAUAGGGAGGUCCUCUUGGGCAAGCCCCAUAGAAAUGGAUGGAAGUUGCAUUCUUAGCAACCUACCAUUCAUUUCACUAGGGCUCCUGUAGGAGUGAAUCCUAGUGAGUUGUGCUAUUUUCCAGAGUACUAUGGAAAAUAAUUUCAAGUUUCAGGAUACCCCCCUGGAGUGAACACUUUGAAUAAAUUUUAAAUAUACAACUGACAGACGGAGAAUGGGAAGCUCUUUUUAUUUAUUUCUCUUUCCUUAUCAUUUUCUCUCUUUUCAUUUAUUAUUUUUAUCUUUCUGUAACUUUUUAUUUUCCUUUUCUGCUUUGCUCCUGCUUCGUUUGGUUUUUUUUAUGUCCUCUAGUCUGGGUCAGUGAGGGGAUUAUAUGCAAAUGAAGGUGGAGGAUGGCAGGUGAAAGUCCCUAUGUGAGAGGCAGGGAAGAUCUCCCAGGGUGGCAGAAGAUCAGGAAGCUUUCAGGUGAGAGCUGGGAGGAGCCACCUCUUUCUGUGUGAGACAAGGAUUGAGAUCUACCUUUGAGAGAGGAAUUCACAUUUCCCCUCCUCUUUUUCUGUUUUUGUACUGUAGUAUGAAAAGCCUUAAUAAAAUCUUAUCAAAAGAAAGAAUAUGAUUUAUAGUUUUUGACCAGUAGUUAGUUCUUGUACUGACUUAGAAAAUCAUCAAAUUGGCUAUCAGUGACACAAAGUCCUUCAAAUUAGUCAACUAUUACUUAACGCUGCACAUUACAAGGGACUCUUCUAAUGCUGAAAUGCAUAUGAUCUGAUAUAAAGUAUUACACUGCCCUCCCAAAAGGAAAAAAACUUUGGCCAUCUCCAUAUUUUUGUGCUGAGUCCAAGGAGGAAAACCAGGUGAAGUAAACAAUAGUGUUACUACUGAUGAAAAAUGAUUGUAGCUUACAUAAUGUGCCAACAUUUUUUCAAUGUUUUGUAUCAAGUUAUGUAAAAUACUGUAAAACAUUCAUAUACUUUCCAUGCAGAGAAAUGUAUAGAAGCUAUAUUUUUGUUAGAACUCUAACAGCACCUAACUUCCGUUGCUAUGUAUUACAAUGCUACAUUGUGUUGUUUAAAGAAUGGUGUGUUCACUGCAGUAUUCAUAAGUUCCAUUAUGUACUAAUAGCAAAGCCUAUAUCUGAUUAAAUUUUAAUUCAUUUUUAUUCACAUAGCCUUAGCUCCAGUUCUGUUACAGUUAAAUGUGUGUGCCUUCUCUUCAUGCUCUCAUUCAAUCCAAUUUUGUCAACAUCAUCAGAAUACACAGUAAUUGAAACAUAUGCAACAAAAAUCCUGGGGUUCAAAGUAUAUAACUUACAAAUAGACAAAAUGCACCAGUGUAAGACUACAUUAUCAAAGAAGCUCAUCUCAUUCAAUGCCUCCCUCAGAGCAGUUUUAGUACCUUUUUGUUUGGGCAUGCCCCUAUUGACUGCAUGUUUUCUGUUAAUACAUGAGUCAACUUACAUUUGACAAACUGUCCCUAAUGUUUUAGACAACCCUUUCAGAAUCCACUGGUAAGAGGGGCCUCUCCCAAAGUUAUCAGUCCACUUUAGUUCAAUCCUACAAGAUGCUAUGUAAGUUAGCUGUUGAUAUAAAGGAAUGGUUUCAAUGAGGGUAAGGUAAGCUCUUUCUACACCUCACAGUCCACCGUCUUUGGCAGUGUCAUAGAGGAAAACUUGGCAGUCUUGUGGGUUAAUAGUUCCUCAAUGCUGAUUAAAGUGUUUUUUAAAAAGGUUCCAGACAAAAAAUACACAAAAGUUUUUUUAAAAAAUACUUAAGACUUUAAAUAGCUUAUUUCUAUUAUUCAUAUUCCAUACCUUUAUCCCAUAUAUUUACGUCCUUUUAGAUCCUAAGCUGCAAAUCUUCACUGUGUUCUAACUUAUGAAAUAACAGUAAGCUGCGCAAUCUCGACUCUCGUUCUCCAUCUUUCCACAAAAUAACAAGGUGAUCAGCAGAGCAUGUUGCCAGGCCAUGUUCACUGAAGUACAGGAACAUCUG